CUCAAAGGACUGCCUUGCACAUCACCGUGAAUCAUUUAGCACAACCCUUCGCCUGCCGCCUCCACAGAACUGACGCGCUGAGCCGAAUUCGCGUUUCUGCCAAGCUCAGACCUUACAUCUUACUCGCUAAAAGCUUACAAGAAUGGGGAAAAUGAAGAAGACCCGGAAAUUUGCCGAGGUGAAGCGGAUGCUGAACCCAAAGGACGCAGAACCGCCGGCCAAGCGUCAGAAGACGGAGAAGAAGGAGGACGAGGUCCGCCACGUUGAGAAGGUGUCGUCGGCGCUGUUCUUCCGCUACAACACGCAGCUGGGGCCGCCGUAUCAGGUGCUGGUGGACACCAACUUUAUCAACUUCUCCAUCAAGAACAAGAUCGACCUGGUCCGCGGCAUGGUGGACUGCCUGUACGCCGAGUGCAAGCCCUGCAUCACCGACUGCGUGCUGGCGGAGCUGGAGAAGCUGGGCCAGAAGUACCGCGUGGCGCUCAAGGUGGCCAAGGACCCGCGCGUUGAGCGGCUGCCGUGCACGCACAAGGGCACGUACGCGGAUGACUGCAUCUGCCAGCGCGUGCAGCAGCACAGGUGCUACAUCGUGGCCACGUGCGACCGCGACCUGCGCCGACGCAUCCGCAAGAUUCCCGGCGUGCCCAUCAUGUUCCUCCAGUCGCACCGCUACUCCAUUGAGCGGUUGCCGGAGGCCACCAUGGGCGGCGCACCCAAGUAGUAGUGGGCGCCGUACCUGUGCCAUUGUGUUAGUGAUAGUUUAGCUCUGCGGGUCUUUGUUAUGUUGCUUAGCGUGGUGGUAUGUGGUAAAGUGCUGCGGCUAUAGCGGUGUGCUGGCGGCGGCGGCGGUGGCGGAGGAGUGUCGCGCGCGGAAGGAUGUGGGGGAAGACUUGAUGCGUUUACUGGGCUGCGUCUGUUGCGCGCAGGCCCGUGUUACACGUUGAGUGACCACCCGAAGUGCAGAAUGGAGGUUGGUUCAAGGAUUCCACCAAGUGUGAGACUCAACAGGGGGCGGAACGGGGUGUUUUAAUGAAGGUGGGGGACAUGGGGCACUGCGGCGCGAAGGCCAUUUCAUGCGGCGAGACGAUUCUGGGAAAUCAUUGUAUGAUUGCGUGUAUGCUUGUGUGGCCUUUAAGGACGUGCUAUAUGGGCUGUGCUGGAAGUUCUUUGCUUUCGAGACUGCACGCAAGGGGCUAUUCGCUGAAUAUGACGACAGUAUGCGAAACAAAACAAUGUAGCAUAUCGAAUUUAUGUAGAAGGAACUGAAUU